UGUGUGUGUAUAUAUAUAUGUGUGUGUGUGUAUGUGUGUAUGUGUAUAUAUAUAAGAUAAUCACAAGAACAGUAGAAAUAGAAUGUCUAACUUUCAUAUCAGUUAAUUGGAAAACAAGAAUAAGAAGCUAUUGAACCUAACAGUAAUCAGGAGAGAAGAAAAACAGAAGCAUAGAAAAGACAUAGUAAUUAGAAAAUAAUGGAAUAAAUAAUGGGUGUAAUAAAAUUAGUAAUCAUAAGUAUAAUUUAUUAACAGAUAUAAUGUUUAACAUCUGUUAGAAGAUGGAGAUUCCUCCGUGCUAUUUAUAAGAGACUUUUGAAGCCAAAUAACACAAAGUAAAGAGGUAGAAAAAGAUAAAUCAGCAAGACAGUUUAAAAAAUAAGAGCUGGACUUAGAGAGUGGGGACAUCCUGCUUCGGAGCGGGAAUCUUCAUUGCACCAGUGACUAAAAAGAGAAUUAAAUAUGGGUGAUGUUGAGAAAGGCAAGAAGAUUUUUAUUAUGAAGUGUUCCCAGUGCCACACCGUUGAAAAGGGAAGCAAGCACAAGAUUGGGCCAAAUCUCCAUGGUCUCUUCGGGAGGAAGACAGGUCAGGCCCCUGGAUGCUCUUACACAGCCGCCAAUAAGAACAAAGGCAACACCUGGGGAGAGGAUACACUGAUGGAGUAUUUGGAGAAUCCCAAGAAGUACAUCCCUGGAACAAAAAUGAUCUGUGUCGGCAUUAAGAAGAAGGAAGAAAGGGCAGACUUGAUAGCUUAUCUCAAAAAAACUACUAAUGACUAAUAGUUGGCCACUGCCUUAUUUAUUACAAAACAAAUGUCUCAUGACUUUUUUAUGUGUACCAUACUUUAAUAGAUCUCAUACACCAGAAUUCAGAUCAUGAAUGAUGACAGAAUAUUUUGUUGGGCAGUCCUGAUUUAAAACUAAAACUGGCUUGUGGUUAAAUGAAUAUGUUCAGUUUUUGAAUUUUAAUAGUAAUUCCAAUUCAGUAAAUGCUAUCACUGUUUACCCCUUCUAAAGAUAUGAUUAGACUUCAUUAGUAAUGUUCAACUUUUCACAAAGAUGGUGAGUGCCAUCUUAAAACUUACUGGAGAUUGGUUUUAUAUUUAGAUUUAUAUAGCUGGUUAUGUGAAUAUAUUUAAAUACUGGAGAAAUUCCUUCACUGUCUCAGAACCAAGAAAGAUUCACCUGUGUUUUGUGUUCAUUUGCCUCUUAAAGGCAAGGGUUGAAGAUAAAUAAAUGGUAGCAAUGUCUAGAGUUUUGGCCUUAACGAUGCCAAUCUUAUUAUAAUUCCCUGUAUUUAAAAUGGUUCCUUUUACUUAUUGAAAGGCAUUUUAGUAUUGUUUAUGUGUAAUAUUAAAGAUUAUUCAACACUU